GGAGUUGCCGAGUCACCGCAGUGGCUGAGCUGGCUGACAGGAGGCGAGCUGGGGUGGGGAGCGGGCGCGGCGGAGGCAGCCAGCGGGAUCGGGCGCGGGAGCGGGGGAUGAGGCUGCGGCCGGGCACGACGGCUCCUCUCGCUGCCCUGUGAGGAGGCCGCGGUGCCUGCCCUCUCUGCUCGCGCUCGCGGCCGGCCGGCCUCGCCUUCCUCCUCCCGUCCUCCAUCGCCCCUUCCCUUCCUCGCUCACUCGCCCGCCCGGCCGCGCCUUUCACUCGCCCGCCCGCCUGCACCGGGGGAGCUGCGCCGCCGCCGCCGCCGCCACCGCCCACGUUCCGCGUCCCCUCCCUCCCCAUCCCCCCGGCACCAUGAUGGAGGAGAUCGACCGGUUCCAGGUGCCCACGGCGCACUCGGAGAUGCAGCCGCUGGAUCCAGCAGCUGCAUCCAUCUCAGAUGGAGACUGUGAUGCCCGGGAAGGAGAGACUGUAGCCAUGAAUUACAAACCAUCCCCACUCCAAGUGAAACUGGAGAAACAGCGAGAGCUCGCUCGAAAGGGUUCCUUGAAAAAUGGUAACAUGGGCAGUCCAGUCAACCAGCAGCCCAAGAAGAACAACGUGAUGGCCCGAACAAGGCUGGUUGUCCCCAACAAAGGAUACUCUUCACUUGAUCAGAGUCCAGACGAGAAGCCAUUGGUGGCCCUUGACACGGACAGCGAUGAUGACUUUGACAUGUCCAGAUAUUCCUCCUCGGGCUACUCCUCAGCAGAGCAGAUCAACCAAGACUUGAACAUCCAGCUGCUGAAGGAUGGUUACCGGUUAGAUGAGAUCCCCGAUGACGAGGACCUCGACCUCAUCCCCCCUAAAUCUGUGAACCCCACGUGCAUGUGCUGCCAGGCCACUUCCUCUACUGCCUGCCACAUCCAGUAACAGCCAGCAUGGGCCAGGACAGGGGCAGAGGGGGGAGGAGGCACAUCUGGCGCCCAUUCCCUCCCUAGUUCCCAUUCUGGGCCCUGGUCCUGGCCUUAGCCACUGGCCAACUUCUUAACAGCCAUUGCUUCCUCCUAUGGUAGGACGUGUACCUCUGUGUUCAUGAAGCCGGGAGAAACCAAAAUGAGAUUUCACUGGGGGGGUAGGGGUGGGGGGAGGGUGGUAGGGGCUCUUUGUUCAUUGAUUUGUUUAAAGGGGAUUCAGCCAGCUUCCCCUUCUCCCUAAAACCACCACCACCUCCAUUGGCUUCCCGGCCAUGACUGUCUCCAGCAGACAGACUGGCCAAAAGUCUGGGGAGAGCAGGAGAGGAAGAUGGGAGAAGGAGAGAUACCAGGGGUUAGUGAGGGCUGAAAGGGGACUGCCAAGGGAAGCAGCCUGGAGCCCUGGCCUCCACAGGCCCAGGGUAAGUCAGUCUAUGUUUCAUUCAGAAGAAAGCUCUCCCAGAUUGUCCUCCGGCCAAGCCGUGACCCAGUCUGAUUUCCCCGGAUGCUCAGGCUCAAAGUCUUCCCCCAGAGGUCCUUGGAGAUUGCCCCAUGAUGGUCUGCUACAGAUAUAGAACACCUGGCAGCUGAAGGACACCCCAAAGACUCCUCCUGGAACGGCUCAAGCAGGCCAAGGGCUACUCAGCCUAAGCUGGCCUGACUCGCCCUGGUUCGGCCUGGUGAUGUGAACCGUGGAAACUCGUUAUCUUUCCUGGCCCUGGCUUGUCCUCCUCCUGCCUUCUGACCUGCACACUGAUUUUUAGAUUUUUUUUAAUGUUUGGUCUCCAUCUCCACUCCCCUCCUCUUCCGUCCAACUCGGGCAGUGUCUGGGCUUCAUUUCCCAUCGCUUUUCCAAGGGAUAUAAGGGUAGAGGGGAGCCUUCCCAUCACCACUACCAGGGAAGCAACUUCCUCUCUUGCUGUCGUCCUCUGUCUCUCUUCCUCUCCCUCUCUCUGUCACCUACUGUCUGUGUCUUUUCCUCUGCCUCUCUCUGUUUAGGAGAGAAAAGGGAGCAGCAGUGUACGUGGGAUCAGGACCAAGGUGGGAAUGAGGACAAACUCCUGUCUGCCUAGUUCUGUUAGUGCCCUUGUGGGUUUUUCAGGGUGGUGGUGAAUGGAGGGAGCAACCUCUGGCCCAGCCUCACCCCACUCCUCCCCAUCUCUCUGUCUGCCACCAAGCCUUUUCAGGGAGCUGGAAGCAGGAAAGGAGAGGUAGUUACUAAUGUCAGUCCCCUCCCCUACUCUGUGGUUAGCUAGAGCUGAGCCUCACCAGGCCUCCCUGCCUCCUUUGCCCUAAAGUUCUACCUUUCCCAGCAGGCCAGGAUGUCCUUUGGGUCCGCAGUCCAGGGGCUGCCUCUUAACCUGCUCUCCCAUACCAACACAGCUAGCCUCCUUCCCACUGUCACUCAUGAGUGAGCUGAACUUGCUACUUGGGACAUCACUACCUUUGUCCACAUCCUCACCUUCAUGAGGCUCAGAGGAGGUUGCAUAGAACAGGCAUCUUCAGGGAAGUGUGUGUGUGUGUGUGUGUGUGUGUCUUGUGUAUGUCUGUAUAAUCAUAUGUGUAGGCAUGUAUAUGUCUUUGGGCAUAGCAGUAGUAUGUCUGUGUGUAUCUGGUUCUCUGUGUGUGUGUGUGUGUGUGUGUGUGUGAGAGAGAGAGAGAGAGAGAGAGAGAGAGAGAGUGAGUGUAUGUAUGUGUGUCUGUACAAGUGUGUGUAGGGAAGUACAUGCACAUCUGUGCUACUGCUGGUGUUGCUGUUUGGAUUAGAAGGGUCAUAGUGGGAGUAGGGCCCUAGUAACACCAGAAUAAUAAAAUAAAUCCUGGGCCCUUCUUCCUGAGGGUCCUGGAUCCUGAGUCUGCCUCCCCUUAGUAGGGAGGGAGAGAACAUGAUCCCAGUUGCCAAGGGAUGCUCUUAGUUUCAGGUUGGGCAGUGACCUCAAAGGCUGAUGCAUGUACAAGGGAAAACUGUUUGCUUACCAGCACUUGCCUAGCUCUCCGGAGCUGUGUGUUUGGUAAAAACAAAAAGUCAUUUGGGGAAGGAAGGUAGGUCCAGAGGGUCCCUGGGUUUAGGGCUGGGAGGUGGAAGGAGCAGGAUCAAAGUGGACCAGACCAAGCCAAGCUGCAAUCUCCUCUGCCCCAACCUGGGAUGGGCCAGCUCUGAAACAGCAUCCUCGUGACUCUCCCCAGACCUAAGCUCAGCAAGGCCAUUCCCUCCCUGCCUACCCUCUAGUCUAUCUUUGUGUGUCCACCCUCAGCCUUCCCACCUCUUAUGUGGAAUUGGAGUACAAAUUAUAGACUAGCCCAAGAUUUCUCAAGCCUAGUUACCCAAGGGAAGAGGAUCUCCCUGUCUUGAUAGGGAGAGGGGAAAGAAACGCUCUCCCCUUCUCCUUCAUAUGGUAAACCGUCACCCCCCCUUACACAGUUACAUACAUAGAUAUGUGUAUGUAUAUACAUAUAGGUGUGUGUGCAUCUAUACCUCCAACCACACUCAGUGUCCAAGCACCAUUUAAUGUCCCCAGAGAGGCCAGGUGCAGCUCUGAGAGGGUAGAGAGCUUACUACUCUACCCACUACUGUUUGCUGGCUCCUCAGAAACAUCCACCUGACCCUUAGGGUGAUGGGGGUAAGUGGGCAGCCUUGUAUAAGUUGUAGCUCCCCAUCUCCCUCCUUUGACCACCCCCAUCUAGUGUAAGGCAAUGGCGGCAUUCCUGAGGGUAGGGUUGUCCAGAGGAGCGGUGUCCAUGGGAAUUGAGGGACCCAACCACAAACAGGUCUGCAAAUCAUUGGGGCAGAAAUAGACUGGCCAUGAGGGCUCCCCUCCAAGGGUGUGACUGACUUAUUUCUGUCCCCUCUUCAUGUGAAAGAAGUCUUCUGACCCCCAGAAAUAGUGGUCUUCCCAACCCUAAGAUCUAGACUGCCCUGUUUCAACUACCAAGACCUCCCCUUUUCCCUUAGACCCCUGCCCUACAGUCAGGUCCCACGGGCCUACCAGUCUUCUUGCAUCUUCCAUCUCAGGUGGACCCUAUAACUUCACUUCUGACUAGAGACUGGACCAUCACCAAAAUCAGUAUGGCUCAGUCUCUUAGCAUGGAAACAGGCUGCCUGUGUUCUGAUGUGGGGUCGACUGAUGAGCUUUGUGCUUGCCCUUCCUGGGUCCUUGUAGGAUAAGGAGAAGGAAUCAAGGAAAUGAGAGAAAAGUUCUUUGUGGAGGUGGUGGUGGUACCUCAUCUCACUGCUGGGAACUAAGGUAUUCUCCCCUCUAUAUCUGGCCCCCGGACUGGGAGAAAGAGGGAGGAGGGAGGGAUGCCAGAGCCCUCCAGACGACUUCAUGGGGUUUGGAAGAAUCAAGCCUCUCCCAUGAUAGGACCCCUUCCUCCCAGCUCACCUCCCCUUCAUCCCUCUGACCCUGUCCAUGUAGGUACUUGCCUUAACCUCGCUGGUCCCCAGCCCUGCCCCUGGCCCUCAACCCAGUCCUCAUGACUGUGGGUUCUCUUUCUUUGGAGUGUCAGUUACUCUGCAUUAAUUUAUUUAAAAGGUGUGUUUUUUGGAGACGAGACAUGUAUAAUAUUUUUUUAACAUUUCCAUCGCAGUAUUUAUCAUCGGUCCUGGUUGUGUGUCGUGUAACACAAUUAAUGAUAUUAAAAAGCAUAAUAUGAACAA